UGGCAAGAGAAUCGAUCGUACUGACUGACGUGUUGUUCAAAAGUUUCAUUGUUCACGUAGUUUUGAAAAGGGUAACAGAGAAACAUUUUUAUUUUUACACAGUUGUUUUUAAUUUACAAUACAUAGGUAUAUUAUUCUAGAAACGAUGUUGCAUUUACGCUUAUUAGGUGUUAUUUUAUUUUUUACGGGAACAUAUGCAUUAUAUGACGCACAUUCAGAUGUCGUGGAAUUAACUCCCAAUAAUUUUGAAAGACUUGUUACAAAAUCUGAUGAAGUGUGGAUCGUGGAGUUCUUUGCCCCUUGGUGCGGUCACUGUAAGAACCUAGUUCCCGAAUAUUCCAAAGCUGCACGUGCUUUAAAGGGUAUAGUGAAAGUGGGAGCUUUAGAUGCAGAUAGCUAUAAAGAGUUUGCUCAGAAAUAUGGUGUCACUGGUUUUCCUACUAUCAAAGUGUUCACCGGCUCUAAGCACACUCCAUAUCAGGGUCAGAGAACUGCUGAAGCCUUUGUUGAUGCCGCUCUGAAGGCGGCCAAGGACAAGGCAUAUGACAGCCUCGGCAAGAAAGCGAAGAGUUCUGAUAAGUCUGACGUCAUAACCUUGACGGAUGAAAACUUCAAUAAGUUGGUUUUGGAGAGCGAUGACAUGUGGCUCGUUGAGUUCUUCGCCCCUUGGUGUGGACACUGCAAGAAUCUCGAACCUCACUGGGCUAAGGCUGCCACUGAACUAAAGGGCAAGAUCAAACUGGGUGCAGUGGACGCGACAGUACACCAGGUGUUGGCCUCCCGGUACCAAGUACAAGGAUACCCUACAAUCAAAUACUUCCCGUCCGGAAAGAAGGAUAAUGCUGAAGAAUACAACGGAGGCAGAACUUCCAGUGACAUCGUGUCAUGGGCGCUUGAGAAACUCGCUGAAAAUAUUGCACCACCAGAAGUUGUACAGGUCAUUGACCCAGCCACCAUGAGUGAAUGUAGCGAGAAGCCUCUAUGUGUGGUGUCAGUACUACCUCAUAUAUUGGACUGUGACGCCGCCUGCAGGAACUCAUACAUCGAUAUCCUCAGAAGACUCGGAGAGAAAUACAAGAACAAAAUGUGGGGAUGGGUGUGGACGGAAGCGGGAGCUCAGUCGUCACUGGAAGAUGCUCUUGAAAUAGGAGGCUUUGGCUACCCCGCCAUGGCUGUAGUAAACGCUAAGAAACUGAAGUUCAGUACACUGCGAGGGUCCUUCUCUGAGACAGGAAUCAACGAGUUCCUUAGGGACCUAUCGUUUGGCCGAGGUCAAACCGCUCCAGUCCGAGGUGCAGAAAUGCCAAAAAUUGUUACACAGGAUCCUUGGGAUGGUAAAGACGGUGAAUUACCCCUGGAAGAGGACAUCGACCUCUCAGAUAUAGAUCUCGAGAAAGAUGAAUUGUAAAUGACUGAUUUAGAAUUAAAUGUAAAUUCUCAGUGUAAUUUGCUUUUUAAUAAUGGUAACAUUAGUUUACUGCGCAGGAAGUGUGAUGUGGACAUACAAGUUGGGUGUAAAAUUAUGAAUAGCGCUCUAAAAUUUGAAUGCUUUGUGUUUUUAGUGAUGAAACUUCAUUAACAUAUUAAUAGAACUUUUUUUUUCGUGUCAGUGUUGUAAGACUUUAACAUUUCAUACUUAAACCUAUAUACUAAUAUGAUAUUCAUUAUACAAAAGUGAAAGAUACGGUUUUUAAAUUUUAUUAUAUACUUAGUCUUUGUAAUAAGAAAAGUUUUUUGAAAUUUAUAUUUAUCAGUUUCAGUUUUGCUUUGAGAUGUUUAUUAUAACUUAUAAUUAAUAAUUAAAGUACAUAAUAUGGAGGACUAUACACAAAUGUUAAGCAAAUCCAUAAAAAUAUCUCGCCAGCAUAUCUUCCAUGUUUAAGCAUUUACUGUCGCCAAAAUUAAAAGUUAAAAAAAUAAAUUACUACAUAACCA